AUGGCGUACCGUGGCCAGGGCCAGAAAGUGCAGAAAGUGAUGGUGCAGCCCAUCAACCUCAUCUUCAGAUACCUGCAAAAUAGAUCUCGGAUUCAAGUGUGGCUCUAUGAGCAAGUGAAUAUGCGGAUAGAGGGUUGUAUCAUAGGUUUUGAUGAAUAUAUGAACCUGGUAUUAGAUGAUGCCGAAGAGAUUCAUUCUAAAACAAAGUCAAGAAAACAACUGGGUCGGAUCAUGUUGAAAGGCGAUAAUAUUACUCUUCUACAAAGUGUAUCCAACUAA